GAACUAUUUAAUGUAAGGAGAGAUUCAAUAGGCAAUAGCGUCCAGCAUGAGUGUCCAUUGCGGGUCGUUCUAUUUACACAUCAGAGUAACAAUGGAUCAAAAUAACUUCAAAUUUUCUUAGUGAACAUAUAUACAUUUAGUUACAGGAACUUGAAUACGUGCACUUAAGUGUUCAAAGUAUACGGGCUAUCAGAUGGAGCUUGAGAGCCAAUGGUGGAAAGGACAACUUGCUGAAGACAUAUACCACGCUCUUCGCUACAAAGUACGUCUCCCAGGUCAUAUUCCUAAUGCAUGGUAUAAAGAAAGGAAUUGAAGUUGCCUGCUUACAAAGGCCAGUCACCCCAGCUCAGCCUUAGACGCUAUUUUGCUGAUCUAAUCGCUAUCGUAAGCAACCGUUUCAGGCUUUGCCCAACCGCGAGGCACCUAGCUGUCUACCUGCUGGACCUGUUCAUGGAUCGUUAUGAUGUUUCUGUGCAACAGCUUCAUGUGGCUGCACUUUCCUGCUUGCUUUUAGCGAGUAAGUUUGAAGAGAGGGAGGAUCGGGUACCAAAGCUUGAAACCCUGAACUGCUUGGGCUGCAUGAGCUCCAUGAACCUGGUUCUGACCAAACAGAACCUUCUCAACAUGGAGCUUCUUUUACUGGAAACCCUUCAGUGGAACCUUUACCUUCCUACACCAGCUCACUUCAUAGAAUACUAUCUAUCGAUUGCUGUCCACGAAACGGACCUGCAUGAUGGUUGGCCUCUGACAAGUUUGGAAAAGACUGGACUGUAUAUGGCAAAGUAUGCGGACUAUUUCUUGGAAGUUUCCCUCCAAGACCACAUCUUUCUGAACUUCGCCCCAUCGCUGGUGGCCGCCAGCUGUGUUGCUUCUUCCCGUAUUGUCCUGCGGCUGUCUCCCACCUGGCCCCCCCGUUUGCAGCGUCUCACAGCCUACCUCUGGGAGCACUUAUCAGCCUGUGUGGAGCGGCUUCUCAUGGCACAUGACGGGGAUGUCAAAGAGGCCAGCAAGCAGAAGUGCCAACAGCAGAACCCCUCGGUCGUGUCCGCAGUGUUCCACGGGCCCGGUCCGGUGUCCGCUGUGCCCCAGUACCUGCAUGGGGCCACGCUACAGUACCCCCAGCAAAACUGCCAGCCCCUUUUGUCCUCUGCCCAUGGGCCUUCCUCAUACAUGUCUCAAACUAGCCUCCAGGCUGGCACCCAGCCGCAUGGGCAUCUACAACAUAUUCCUGCCUCCCUAGAAACCAAGGUCAGCAUGCCUUUCAACAGAGGCUACCAGGUUAAUGCACAUUAUAAGUGCUCUUCCCCUUGCUUUGACAGGUGAUUAAAUCAAUCUGAGCAGGAAAUGGUGUGGGGGGGCAGUGUGUAUCCAUUUCCCUUUUCAGCUGGACUAGUGGAUGGCAGAACCAAAUUUUCAGUGUAAAUACCAAUGAGGGAGGGAUUCAGCCCUGUAUUAUGUAAGGUUUAUAUUUACACACUUUGUGCAAUAUAUGUACUUGGAUGUAUAAUUAUUUUUCUUGCUUUCUUAUUGAAUUUCUUACAGUCAUAGUAUGUAAUGAUAAACAGUAUAACUGGACCUAAUCUAUUGUUUCUGUAACUUAAUAUACUUCAAACGACAUAUCUAAAUUGUAUCCUCAUUGUAACUGUGUUAUUACAUACUUGGCAUUUCAUUUAGAAUGGUAUUUAACCUUAUAUAUUUAAAAGGAACAUUUCAGAAUGCAUCCUGAGGAUUACAUUGUCUAUUUUAGAAUGUGGUUACUUAACGUGGUUGAAUACACAGGUAUUUCACAUUUCUACCUCGGGGGAGAAGAAGCUAGUUACCAGCACCUUUUUCAUAUUCAGAACAAUUUUUGCAUAAUACUUGUGUUUGGAACACUGUAAAUCAGGAGUGUGAAUUUGCCAUAUUUACAUCUUCUGAGGAUUAAGAAUCUGCAGUCAGUGCUGUGCACUUUGAAAGGAGAUUUUAAAAUAAAGUGCAACUUCUCAGUUGUAUGUUUUUACUUUG